GCGGCGCUGAGGGAGCUGCACGGAGAGGUUGGAGCAGCUUUGCCUGUCGACAUCUUAACAUAUGAGGAAAAAACUCUCUCUGCCAUAUUAAGAGUUGUUAGCAGUGGCCUUGUCAAGCUGUGGAGUGCUCUAACAUUGCUGGGCUUCUACCAGAACAGGAGGUGUGCCUUUCGAGUGCUGCAGGCAUCUCCAUUUCUUCUUGCAUUAGCUGGCAACAGCAGAGAACUAGUCUUGGAUUGAACACAGUUGUUGGUCUGGUCGUACGAAGCCGAAGUUGCUUGAGAUGUUGCAACUCUUCAAGCGUGGAAUUUUUGGAGGGGUUUUACCACAAGGAGCCUUGACAAAGCUCAUGUUUAUCAACUCACUGUUUGGACGUCCUGUACUUCAGAGUUUACACCUAAAAGUUGGAGACAAAGCUGAAAUUGCCAAAACUUUUACCCAGGAUGAUGUUAUUACGUUUUCUCAUUUAACAGGUGACACAAAUCCUUUGCAUUUAAAUGAAGAUUUUGCAAAGAAAUCUAGGUUUGGGAGAAUUGUUGUACAUGGAGUUUUGAUCAAUGGGCUUAUUUCUGCAGUCCUGGGUACUAAAAUGCCAGGUCAAGGAUGUAUAUUUCUUUCUCAGGAGAUCCGAUUUACAGCGCCUUUGUAUCCUGGUGAGGAGGUUGUAGCUGGAGCAGAAGUGCAACACCUGAAGGGUUCUGUUGCUCACAUUUCGGUGUCGUGUAAAGUCAGAGACAGUGCAAAGACUGUUAUGGAAGGGAUGGUGAAAGUCAUGGUUCCAGACCUUCAGAGCUGUUGAUCCUGUGCUACUCUACUAUAAAGGCCACAAAUGUA